UGUGUCAACCCAGAGGUACUCUAGCGUACUCCUGAGCAGCCAGAUCUGCAGCUGGAUAGAGAAUAUUAUAGCAGAGAAAAGAAAAGAAAAGCGUGAGAAAAUGGAGCCUGGAGCAACCGUGUGUGCCGUGAGGAGCCGGAGAGUCCUGUGCGGAGAUGAGAUUAGGCCUGCCGUCAUCCACAUCAAAGACGGGAAGAUUCAGAACAUCCUCCCUGGUAUUGAAGUGGGCCCGAGUGCUUCUGCUGAGGUAUUGGAUGUAGGAGACAGACUGGUGAUGCCAGGGAUUGUGGACUGCCAUGUGCACGUUAACGAACCAGGUCGUACUACCUGGGAGGGCUACUGGACAGCCACACGUGCUGCUGCAGCUGGGGGAGUGACCACCAUUGUGGAUAUGCCUCUCAACAGCAUCCCGCCAACCACGACUCUUGGCAACUUUCGUGAGAAGAUGCAGGCAGCAACAGGCCAGUGUUUCGUGGACACCGCCUUCUGGGGAGGGGUUAUUCCUGGCAACCAACUGGAACUGCGGCCCAUGAUUCAGGCUGGGGUGGCAGGGUUCAAGUGCUUCCUGAUCCACAGUGGUGUGGAUGAGUUUCCUCACGUCAGCGACAGUGACCUGCACACUGCCCUGCAGCAGCUCCAGGGCACAGACAGCGUCCUGCUGUUUCAUGCUGAGAGGGAGAUCCAGCAGCCUCUGGGAGAGAGUGGAGACCCAUGUGAAUACUCCACCUUCCUCAACUCCAGACCUGACAUCAUGGAGAUGGAGGCUAUACGCACAGUCACCCAGUUAUGCUUGCAGUACCAGGUGCGAUGCCACAUAGUGCACCUCUCGUCUGCUCAGCCCCUGGAGCUAAUCCGGGCAGCUCGGCAGGCUGGGGCUCCCCUGACGGUGGAGACGACCCACCACUACCUCAGCCUGUCAGCCGAGCACAUCCCCGCCGGGGCCACACAGUUUAAAUGCUGCCCUCCCAUCAGGGACACGGCCAACCAGGAACAGCUGUGGGCAGCACUCACAGCUGGAGACAUUGACAUGGUUGUGUCUGACCACUCCCCCUGCACACCUGACCUGAAACAAUUGGACAGUGGAGACUUCACUCAGGCCUGGGGUGGGAUCUCAUCCCUGCAGUUUGGACUGCCACUGUUCUGGACAUCUGCAUGCAAGAGGGGAUUUUCACUCGCUGACACAGUGAGACUCCUCUGCCAGAGAACAGCUCAGCUCUGUCGCCUAGACAACCAGAAGGGGAGCUUGCAUCCUGGUCAUGACGCAGACCUAGUCAUCUGGGACCCUGAGAAAGAGUUUGAGGUGACAGAGGGAAACAUCCAUCACAAAAAUAAGCUGACUCCAUACCUUGGCAGAACUCUGAAAGGAGAGGUGUACUGCACCAUAGUUCGGGGGAGACUGGUGUAUAAGCAGGGCUUGUUCUCUCAGCAGCCCCUGGGGAGGCACCUGCUCCUCAGCCACGGCCGCACUCAGGCCUCCCUGUGAAGAACCAGAGCAAAAUAAGCAGGGCCAUUAUCAACUUACACAUCAGGCCUAUAUCUCCACAAAUGCAAACUUCACCCCAGUGUAUGCAGCCGUUAGUGUUUGCAGAUUUUACACAUCAUUUACACAUCAAACAGAAACAUGAUGAAUGUGUUGUGAGGGUCCUGUAUUGUUGUGAUCAUCACCGAUGGGAUGUGUUAUGAACUCUAGUCUGGCAAUGGAGUUCACAAGAAAAGUUUAUGGUGUUAACAGUUACACAACCAAAGAUCCUAAUCUAAAUGUCAACUGAUGAAAUGUGUUAAAUAAUAUUUCAUUGUACCCUAUAAUAGGUCCUUAAUUAUUCUCUAUAUAUUUUUAAUCAGUUUCAUUUUAAGGUGAGUCCUAGUCUACUUUACAACGUGUUUGACAAAGGUAAUAGAUUAUAAUUGUUUCGUUAGGAAUCCCAGGAAAUUCUAAUUUAUAAUUGAAUCAGUCCCAAAAUGAAUGAACCCUUGAUCACGGAGUGGGCGUGUGCAGCACACAGCCAUUCAUCCUUCUGCAUUGCGCUGACCAACAGAGUGCUUUCAGUAAACAGUGCAGAGUAGCCUAUCAGUGCAAGUAUGGAUCACUGCUAACAGGAAAAUUGCGUUUCGCAAUGACAAGAGUAAAUCAAUAGGCUACUGAGAGGAAGGGUCUAUUCAUGAAAAUUUACCAUCUCCCUGUUUUGAUUUCUUUUCUGUGAAUAAACAUAUUUUCACUUUCA